AUGGAGCAGCUGGCGCGGCGCGCGGGCGUGACCUCCGUCACGCCGUUCUCCAUUGCCGACAUCCUGAUGAGCCGGCAACGCGGCCAGGCGCGUGCGCAGGAGCACGCCCUCGACAUGACGCGCAAGCCGGCCGCCGCCACCGCCGCCUCCCAGGAGAGCGCACUGACUUCGAACCACCAGCACCAGCCGCAGCACCAGCACCAGCAGCAGCAGCGCAAGAAGAGGUCCAGGGCGGCCUUCUCGCAUGCGCAGGUGUACGAGCUGGAGCGCCGAUUCAACCAGCAGCGUUACCUUUCCGGCCCAGAACGAGCUGACCUGGCGCACGCGCUCAAGCUGACCGAGACGCAGGUGAAGAUCUGGUUCCAGAACCGGCGCUACAAGACGAAGCGCAAACAGCUGCAGCUGCAGGAGCAGCACCACCACCAACAGCAGCAGCAGCACCAGCAGCUGCAGGCCACCUCCGUGUCCUCCGCAGCCGCAGCUGCAGCCGCCGCAGCAGCGGCUGCCAAGAGAGUAGCGGUGAAAGUGCUGGUGAGGGACGACCAGCCCGUGAGCCCGGCGGCCGCCGCCGCCGCUGCAGCCGGCAAAGCCCUCUCGCUGUACCCCCCUCCACCGCCGCAGCUGCCGCCGCUGCCCUUCCCCUACUACUACUACCACCCAUUGUUGUGUCAGCCAGCACCAAGCGUCGUGCCGGCUCACCCCAGCUUGUCGCCGCCCAGUGGUGCCUCUAGUCCGCGUUGACUUAAGCUGGCCAUUGGAGUUUCCAGCUCGUGCUGACCCGUUGGUCACCCAGUGAAGCCACAGACUCAGACUGAUUCACCCAUUGGACAAUUCGCUGCCCAGUGGAGCCUCUUGCUGGCUCUGACUAAUCCAUUUGACAAUUCGCAAUCCUGCAAAACCCCCAGACUACUCUAAAGACUCGUUCUACAAAUCGCCACCUGGUCGAGCCACCAGACAGUGCAUACACACACAACUGAUACACCUCUGUUGAAUGGAACCUCAAAGCUCCAGUGGCUUGCCAGUUGGACCGUUCGUUGUUAAGUGGAACCACAAGCUCAUGGUGACUCACCAGUGGACAAAAUUAUCUAGCAGUGGAGUCCCCUAACUGCAUCUAUUUAGCUGUUAGAUGGUUCACUUCCCAGUGGAGUUUGUUUUGACACCUUCCAGACAAAUCAGCACCCCUCGCCCUCUCGACCACUGGACAGAUGGUUAAGAGGGGCACUCGUGCAAUUGUAGCCACAACCAAAGAUUUUGUGAAGCAGAUGUAUAGUGUGCACCUCUACAAACAAU